GCUCGGGCACAGGCGGAGUGGUUAUCGGACUGGUUUCCGGUCUGCUGCCGGACGCGGCGGCGGCGCGGUAGUUAUGGCGAGUUUGGUGCGGGACCCGGCGAUUGAUCGCUCGCUGCGCUCCGUGUUCGUUGGAAAUAUUCCAUAUGAAGCUACAGAAGAACAGUUGAAGGAUAUUUUCUCUGAAGUUGGUCCAGUGUUGAGUUUCAGGCUUGUGUAUGACAGAGAAACUGGUAAACCCAAAGGAUAUGGCUUCUGUGAGUACCAGGAUCAGGAGACUGCACUCAGUGCCAUGCGCAAUCUCAAUGGGAGGGAAUUUAACGGAAGAGCGCUGCGUGUGGACAAUGCUGCUAGUGAGAAGAAUAAGGAAGAGCUCAAGAAUCUGGGCACAGCAGGCCCUGUCAUGGAGUCUCCUUAUGGGGAUCCAGUCUCACCAGAAGAUGCCCCAGAGUCCAUCAGUCGUGCUGUAGCCAGCCUUCCGCCUGAGCAAAUGUUCGAACUCAUGAAGCAAAUGAAGCUCUGCAUUCAGAACAGUCCUCAGGAAGCUCGUAACAUGCUUCUGCAGAACCCACAACUGGCAUAUGCGCUCUUGCAGGCACAGGUAGUCAUGAGAAUUGUGGAUCCUGAAAUUGCCAUGAAAAUGUUACAUCGACCAGCCAACGUGACGCCACUGAUUUCUUCUGGCCAACCUGCAGCAGGCCCAAAUGUCCCACCAGUUCAAGCUGCUCCUCCAGUCUCCCAGCCACAGCCUAUGAGUGGGAUGCAUGUGAAUGGGGCUCCUUCUAUGAUGCAGCAACCUAUGCAACCAGCAGUGUCUGUUCCUGGGCCUGGACCAGUACAAGGACCAGGUGGACCAGUACCUGUGCCUGUGCCUGUGCCUGUGCCUGGACCUGGACCGGGACCAGUUGGACCUGGAGGAAACAUGCAGCCUCAGAUGGGUCUUCCUCCUUCAGGACCGGUGCCGAUGGAUAGAGGACAAGGAAAUAUGCACUCACCUGUGGCCUCCGCAGGGACUGCACAGAUCGAGAGAGGACAAGUUCCAAUGCAGGACCCCAGAGGUAACAUGCAGCGGGGUCCCCCAGUAGGUGGGGCUCCAGCUCCAAGAGGUUUGCUGGGAGAUGCACCAAAUGACCCACGUGGAGGGACUCUGCUUUCUGUCACUGGGGAGGUGGAACCAAGAGGGUAUAUUGGUCCCCCACAUCAGGGCCCACCCAUGCAUCAUGUGCCUAGUCAUGAUGGCAGAGGACCACCUCCUGACAUGAGGAAUGCCCAUGAACCACGAGGAAUGCAACAUGAUAUGAGAGCAGGGCCAAUGGGAGAACAGCGAGGACCCAUUGGUGAACAGAGAGGCCCAAUGGGUGAGCCACGUGGGCCAAUGGGUGAACCAAGAGGGCCUAUGGGAGAUCCAAGAGGGCUGAUGGGAGAUCCAAGGGGCCCAAUGAUGGAUCAGAGAGGACCUCCUCAUGAAUCUAGAGGUUCAUUUGACCCCCGCAGUAUUCCAUCUCAUGAUCCUCGAUCUGGACCUCAGCAUGAUCCUCGCUCCCAACCUCCUGCUGCUCAGCAAGACCCUCGUGGAGGGUCUUACCCGAACGCACAUCAACCAAAUGCACCCAUGGGCACUAGAGAUCCCAGAGGUAUCGAUUCAAGAGGUAUUGACACCAGAGGACCAGGGCCAGGGCCAGGGCCAGGACCAGGACCAGGACCAGGACCAGGGCCAGGACCAAACCAAGGCCCAGUCUCAAAUCCAAGAGGACCCAUGGCAGGAGGGCUACAAGUUCCAGGCCCAGGCGCUCAUCAAAUAGGGAAUAGUGGCCCUCAGGGAUCCCAGCAACCUGUCCCACCUCGACAGGGUCCUGCUCAUGCUGUGGCUGGAGGUCAGCCUGGAGGAUUCAGUCCUGCUCAGACUCAAGUAACACCACAGGACCAUGAGAAGGCUGCACUGAUUAUGCAGGUACUCCAAUUGACUCCAGAGCAGAUUGCCAUGCUUCCCCCGGAACAAAGACAGAGUAUCCUUAUCCUGAAAGAACAGAUUCAGAAAUCUGCAGGAGCUCCUUGAGAAUGGAUAUUUUGUGGGCUGCCUGCUUGAGGAAGUUUCAAUUACCUUGGUGACUUAUUAUAGUGGCAGUGUAUCAAGUGGGGGUCCUUGGUCGUCAUCUUUAUUUGCUUCAAUUCACCGAAGGAGAGGGAAAAAAAUCCAAAGGACUCUUAUCACCAGUGGAAACACUUAAUAACUGAAUUUGUUUUCUUAAGUUUUUUGUUAAAAAUGCAUCAUGAAAUUUUGACGCAUUGAGAAAUCUAUUGUAUGGGAGGAGGAAAAGAGACAAUGUUUGUAUGGCUUGCUCUUUUGUGGAUACUGUCGGGGUUGAAAAUUGCUUUCCAUUUGUAAGGAAUCUACAGAAUAUAUACUGACCACUUCAAGAUGUUAGGUAUAGAAACAGUCAAGAAACCUGGUGUUACACCUAGGAAAAUUCAUCAUUCAGACCGGGUUUUAUUUGCAAAGCAGAGCAUGUUCAAAUGGUCCUGUCUGUUUCCUACCUGCCUCAAAGUCCAUUUCCUCCCAAAUACCCUCCCAACCACUCCCUCCCCCCAGAAAAACAUGCUCCUUUUCUACAUGGCUCCACUGCAUGUUAGUUAAUGCUGAGAUCUUUAUUGCUACACUGUUUGUUUUUGUCCAUCUUUAAAUACAAGAUGCAGCCACAUCCAGUGAGUGUGCCUAAUUCGUUUUGGCAUUUAGAUCAGUUGAGUUCUCAAUUGCUUUUGUGUGUGUUAGAGAAAUGUGAUGUUCUUGCAGCAAUUUUUACAUAAAGAGAUCGUUCACAUCA